CGAUCAAGAGUAUAUUUUUCCACAUGGUAUCAGAGAUUUCAGAGCAUAAAAAUUGAGAAUUUUUUCCACAUUAGGCUUAUUUAGCCUUUUCUUCAAAAUUUAGGGUUUGGUACUCUUGAGGUUCAACCUUAGAAAACUAUUUUGGAGUUGUUUUCUCUUCUCACCUCCACCACAGAGAGAUUGCACAACCUCUGAUUUUUCUUCCCAGCCAGCACCUUUCCUCUGAUUUUUCCUUUCUGACCAUUGAAAAUCGACCAUGGUCACUUCUCCAACUGUUCUCAACACCACUUGUGAUAAUUCUACCAUCACUGAAAUCUCAAAAAAGCUCUUUGAGGUUGUUACCCAUCACUUUGAAUAGCCUUAUCUUCACCACUCAGCUGCUGAAAACAAUUUUAAAGGGCGCGCUAUGACUGCUACUCAACAUGAUACAUUCCCUUUUACCACUGAUCAGAUUGUUCCACUCCAUAGGUUGCUCAAGUCAACUUCCGUAGCAGAUCUGAACUCUCCGGGAUUUUUCUCCACUCCAAAAACUUCUGCUGCGUUUAAUGCUCAAACUUCGCUGUGGAUCGUCGACUCUGGCGCAUCUGACCACAUGACUAGUCAAUCUCAUCAGUUCAUUACUUAUAGUCCUUGUCCAGGUACUAGUAAAAUAAAAAUUGAUGAUGGCUCUUGUUAGCUAUAUAUAUUAGUUGUUCAUAUUAACUGUAAAUUAGCUAUAAAUUAGGACUAAUUAGUUUCCUAUUCUCUCAUAGUUUCCUAAAAUAACUUCCCUAGUUUGUAUAUAAAUAUAUGUUUAUUUCUCAUUGAAAUACAAGUGAAUACAAUUCUCUUCACCUCUUAUUACAUGGUAUCAGAGCAUUAGUCUGUAAAAUUCGAAUUUUGCUACAAAAUUGGGGUUUUCCAUAAACAAAAAUUAGGGUUUAGUCUAUUUUAGGGUUUAUUUCGGAAACCCUAAUUCUGUUGGUCUACUAUUCUCACCGCCCACACCAAAGGAUUCCCCAGCCGCCGAUCUCCAUUCCCUAGAAGUCCGGCCGCCAGAUCCCCUGCGCAUAGGCCCCUCGCGCCGUCGCAAGUCUCAACACCACCUCCCACGCGUCGACGCGUGAGAGCGCGUGGCAUUGUCUCCGACGACCCUUUUUGUUCCAUUUGGUUUCCACUGCGUUUCUGGUUGAUCAGUGCUUAAUUUUUGCACACCUAGUUUCCAUAGUUGCAACUGUCAAGGUUUGUUCUAGGAUCUUUGUUGUGAUUCUACAUUGGUUUUUCGUGUUUGCUGUUGUGUUUCUUUAAGGAGUUAUGGCUGAGAAUAAUUCAGAGACGAAAUCCGUGGUUUCAUCUGAUGUGGUUCCUGUGAUGUCUAAAAUCACGGACCAUAAACUGAUUGGUUCGAAUUAUUUGGAGUGGUGCAAGACUGUUCGACUUUAUCUACAAAGUAUUGACAAAGAUGACCACUUGACUGAUGAUCCUCCUAAAGAAAAAGAUGAUUCAAGACAGACGUGGCUCACGGAGGAUGCUCGCUUAUUCCUUCAAAUCCGGAAUUCUAUUGACAGUGAGGUAAUUGGUUUGAUCAAUCAUUAUGAGUUUGUUAAAGAACUAAUGGAUUAUUUGGAAUUUUUGUAUUAUGGAAAAGGCAAUCUCUCCCAUAUGUAUGAGGUGUGCAAAGCAUUCUACCGUGUGGAGAAACAAGAUCAAUCCCUUAUGAACUACUUUAUGUCCUUUAAGAAGACGUAUGUAUGAGGUGUGCAAAGCAUUCUACCGUGGGGAGAAACAAGAUCAGUCCCUUAUGAACUACUUUAUAUCCUUUAAGAAGACGUAUGAGGAGCUUAAUAUGUUGCUGCCAUGUAGCCCUGAUGUGAAGGUUCAACAACGUUAGCGAGAGCAGAUGGCUAUUAUGAGCUUUCUAGCAGGGCUCUCACCUGAAUUUGAUUAUGCGAAAGCACAGAUUCUUUCUGGUUCUGAUGUUUCCUCUUUACAAGAUGUCUUCAGUCGUAUUUUUCACACGGAAAUUACUCCUUCUAUUCCUCUUAAUAGUGCUUUGGUAAGUCGUAAUAAUUAUGCGCCUAGGAAAUCUUCUAUUCCAACUGGGCAUAAAGGAGGUCGUUCACAAGGAGUUGAAACUCGAACACCGGAUUUUGGAGGCAUUAUUUGCAACUACUGUAAAAAAGCCAGGUCACACCAAGUUUGAGUGUAGAAAGCUACAGUUUAAAAAUCAGCAACACUCUGUUAAUGUUGCAAAUACUACUAAUGCCACUGAUAAAUCUGUCCUUAUUUCUGCUGAUGAAUUUGCCAAGUUCUCACGAUAUCAGGAAUCACUCAAGUCGUCAUCUCCUUCUGUCACUACUAUUGCCGAUUCAGGUAAAUCUAAUACGUGUCUUCUCUCUUCAUCCUCCAAAUGGGUCAUUGAUUCUGGUGCCACAAAUCACAUGACAGGAUCUUAUGACGAAGAAGAUUAUUGGUAAAGGACAUGAAUCUGGAGGCCUCUAUGUUCUUGACAUACCGCCACCAACUUCUUUUGCUUGUUUGAGUGUCACUUCCGCUUUUGAGGCUCAUUGUCGAUUGGGUCAUCCGUCUCUUCCUUUGCUCAAGAAACUUUGUCUGCAAUAUAGUGGAAUAUGUUAGAGACACCAAACUAAGAGACAGGUAAUUUUCAUUCAUAUUGUCAUCAAUCGGUCAUCAACCGCCAUUGAUGGCAACGAUGGCAUCACUAUUUAGUCCCCUGCUCCUUUGUUGGAUCUUCAUAAUUCUCUUCCCUACACAAGCCACAGCAGAAAAAUGUUUAGACGAAACAGGUAACUACAUUCUUAACAGUACCUACCAUGAUAACCUCAAGCACAUCUUCUCAACUCUUCGCAGCUCCCAAAACGACAACAAUGGCUACGGCUUCUAUAAUCUCUCUUACGGCAAUGCCUCCAACCAAAUUUACGCAAUUGGACAAUGCCGGGCAGAUGUCAUGCCUGACAGCUGCCAGAGAUGUUUUAAUGACUCUACACAUAAUCUACAAAAGCAAUGCCCCAAUCAGAAGGAGGCAGUCGAAUGGUUAAACGAGUGUGUGUUGCACUACUCUAACCGCUCCUUGCUCGGUGUCAUGGACGUGUUGCCACUAUAUUGUUUGCUUAACCCCGGAAACGUUUCACCCGAUGCUAUGGAGGGAUAUUUCCAAGCUCUAAAGAGGUUGUUCAUUAACCUGAAAAGUCUAGCUGCGGCUGGUGGUUCUCUUCGAAAAUUUGCUGCUGCAAAUGUAACAGUUCCUCCAGGGUAUAACAACAUAUAUGCACUUGUUCAGUGCAGACCUGAUUUGUCCCAGAUGGAUUGCAACCAUUGUUUGGAUGAAGCAUUUCGGAAUAGUUUGACAUGCGCUGCUGGCAAGAGAGGGGGACAUGUAUUCCUCGGCACCAGUUGUAUUUUUUGGUAUGAGGAAACCCUCUUCUAUAAUUAUACGGCCGUUCAAAACUUUCAGCUACCUUUAAUCCCACCUUCACAACCACCAACAACAGCAUCUCCUCCUCUGUCAUUAUCAAACACCGGCAAGAAAAGAACGAAGAGUAACACAUUAGCUAGAACAAUCGUUAUUGUUGUUGUGUCUACUUUUGUCUUUGUGGGCCUAUUCAUAUUCACCUGUGUGCGUUUAAGACCGUGGAGGAGAGUGAACAAAUUUUGUCCAAAAGAAGAAAUUGUUAGUGUGGAAUCCUUGCAAUAUAGUUUUGAGACAAUCAAAACUGCUACGGAUAAUUUCAGUGAGAGAAAUAAGCUUGGACAAGGUGGAUUUGGUGUUGUUUACAAGGGGAGGCUUUCUGAUGGACAAGAUGUAGCAGUGAAAAGAUUAUCUUUGGGACCAUCAGCCCAAGGUGAUCUCGAAUUCAAGAAUGAGGUAAUGCUAGUGUCCAAGCUUCAACAUCGCAAUCUUGUGAGACUUCUUGGUUUCUGCUUAGAAGGAAAUGAAAAGCUUCUUGUCUAUGAAUUUGUUCAAAACUCAAGUCUUGAUCACCUCAUAUUUGAUCCAAGAAAGCGUAAAAAUUUGAAUUGGGAUAGGCGCGAAAAAAUAAUAAAAGGCAUAGCUCGCGGACUCCUUUACCUUCAUGAAGAUUGUCAUUUGAGAAUUAUACACCGAGAUCUCAAGGCUAGUAACAUUUUAUUAGAUGAGGAAAUGAAUCCAAAGAUAUCAGAUUUCAGAACCGCGAAACAUUUUGUUGUUGAUCAAACUCAUGACAACACAAGUCGAAUAGUGGGAACAUAUGGAUAUAUGACUCCGGAGUAUGUCUUGCAUGGACAAUUUUCAGUCAAAUCUGAUAUAUUUAGUUUUGGGGUGUUACUUUUAGAAACAGUAGGCGGACAAAAAAUUAAUUAUUUUCGUCAAGAAGAGAAUAGUACAGAAGGCCUUUUAAACUAUACAUGGAGAAAUUGGAGGGAAGGAAAGGCUUCAAAUAUGGUGGAUCCAUUAAUGAGAGUUGGGCCAGGCUCUGAAAUAGCCAGAUAUAUUCACAUAGGUUUGUUGUGCGUCCAGGGAAGUAUAGCUAACAGACCAACUAUGAAUACUAUCAUCCUUAUGCUAAAUAGCAACUCGGUUUCUCUUCCAGUCCCCUCAAACCCAGCUUUCUCUAUUCACAGCAACAUUCAAUCAGAUUUCAAUUCAAGAAUGAAUCAUUCCAAGAGGGAUGAUGAGCUUGUUAAUGCAUCUGUCGAUGAAGCUUCAAUCACUGAACUUUCCCCUCGCUAGUGUUGUUGCGCAUAACUUGCAUUUACAACCAAGGUCGACUUUGAUUCUUGAGGGGUCAAUACAAAUAUGGUAUUUUUAUCAUAAUUAUAUAUAAAAUUGUACUGUUUUUUUUUUAAAUUGAAGGUCUUAUAGAAAAUAAAUUGUAUUUUUUUUUAAAUUUGAUGUCAUUUUUAGUUGGGGACCCUAGGCAUAGGUAUGACCCACUUACCAUAGUAUUAUAAUUAUAAUGUUUAUUUUAAAAAAAUUAUAGUAAAGACAUGGUCACUAUUGUUA